AUGAAUAUUGAGUUGCACAAUUUCUGCGGGCGGGGGAGAGUGUUGACUUCAGUCAGAACGCGUCAGAUAUUUGAUCGUGCGGUUCGAAGGCGCUACGCACCACAUUGUUGCUGCUUCCACGACAUUGCUGUCCGUUACCUCUACUGCAGGGUUUCACCACAUUGUUACUCGCUUUUUUCUUUAUUUUUUUUUUUUAGCAAGGGCCCCUGCCAUCGGAAGGCUGCAGCGGUUGCGUGGGCUGUUGCGCGCACGCUCUUCUUGACGGUCGGCCCUUUAUUUGUGUUGCGUCUUUUCUGUUCUGUAGGGAAGGGAAGUCCAGCGUAUUUACGUUAUUGA